AACCACUGGACACAAUGACCGACAAAAGUCCAGAAAAAAUAAAAACAGCACAAAAAGACAAAAACAACCAAAAACCAUUUGACUGGUUUAAAGAACAGAAAGAACGACAUAAACAGGUUAUUCUUAGCGACAUGUGAACACUUUCAGGAGCAUUUAUGUUACAUGAUCACAUUUAAUCACAUUUAUAAUGGAAAUGAUGGAAUCAUUAAAAAAAAGAAUAUAAACUAGAUUUAACCACUGUUAUUCACAAUCAUCAUACAUUUUAAUGUUAAACUACAUUUAUUGCCAAGUGAUAUUUUCAUUGUUCAUUAGACAGACAGACAGACAGACAGACAGACAGACAGAUAGAUAGAUAGAUAGAUAGAUAGAUAGAUAGAUAGAUAGAUAGAUAGACAGAUAGACUUGAUGUAGUUAUGAGCUGAGUUUCUGUUUGACUCUGUUUACCUGAGGCGGGUCUGGUAACGCCACCGCUCUCUAACAUCCUGGUCACAUGACCACCUGUCUGCGUGCUCACCUGAAACAUCCUUCAGUGAAACACUCCGCUUGUUCCAGAGAGGAGAUUCAUGUAUUUAGAUCCCAUCUAAUCACCUCCUGUUCACCUCUGCUCAUAAACAUUUAACCGUCCAGGUGGUUUUAUUAUAAAACAAAGACAGACCAGGUGAAAUGACUAAACGGAGGUGGGCCGACCCGUCCAUCAGCCACAUGCUCCCUCAGGUUUACAGCCUCGCCCUCGGCCAAUCAGGAUCCAGCUCUGCCUGUCUUUACCUGAACGUCUCUGCAGCCGCGAGGAAACAAGCAGACGGGAUGAAACAGAGAGAGUGAAGCUGCUCACGCUGACAUCCAUGGAUUCUAAAGCCAGAAAAGCAAAGAUCCUGUUUGGCCUGAAAGUGAAGAAGAAGAAGAAAGUCAACACCGACCUGGUCCUGGCAAACAAAGGAGCCGUGGACGAUGAGGUGGAGGCUCCUUCUGAGUCUCCUCUGUCACAGGAGGAAAACAUGGAGGAUCAACCAGGAAGCUCUGACGUCAGGACCAGGAUCAUCCCCAACACCAAGAGGUCCAAACUCAACACCCGUAUCCAGGACAUUGAAGGGAAACCUCAGAGCUUCCAGAUCGCCAUCAACAUCACGGAGGCCCGACAACUGGUGGGAGAAAACAUCGACCCCAGUGUCGUGAUCGAGAUCGGCGACGAGAAGAAACAGACGUCGGUCAAAGAAGGAACCAACGCUCCUUUUUACAACGAGUAUUUUGUGUUUGACUUCUUCGCCCACAAAGAGGUCUUCUUUGACAAAGUCAUCAAGCUGACGGUGAUUCACUCUAAGAUGUUGAGGAGUUUCUGUGUUGGAUCCUUUAAGUUGGACGUGUGGACGGUUCAUAAACAGCCAGGUCACCAGUUCGUCAAUAAGUGGGCGAUGCUAACCAACCCCGGCGACAUUAGUACUGGGGUCAAAGGUUAUGUCAAGUGUGACAUCAGCGUUUCAGCGAAAGGAGACGCCGUGCAACCGGGGCCAAAGGCCAGCGACGCUGAGGAGCAGAUAGACAAGAACCUGCUGAUUCCGGAGGGUUUCCCGUCAGAACGUCCCUGGGCUCGUUUCUGUGUGAAGGUUUAUCGAGCUGAAGGUCUCCCCCGGAACAACUCCAGCAUCAUGGCCAACGUCACCAAGGCCUUCAUAGGGGACAACACGGCCCUGGUGGACCCCUACGUGGUGGUCAGCUUCUUCAAACAAGUGGGCCGGACGUCCACUCAGAAGUCCACGGCCGACCCGGUGUGGAACGAACAGAUCGUCUUCACUGAGAUGUUUCCUCCACUCUGUCAGAGGCUGAAGAUCCAGGUCUGGGACGAAGGCAGCAUGGGAGACGUCGCCAUAGGAACACAUUAUUUUGACCUGAGGAGGAUCUCUAAUGAACAGGAUGGUGAUAAAGGGUUCCUCCCGACCUUCGGCCCCGCCUGGAUCAACCUCUACGGUUCGGCCAGAAACUUCUCUCUGGGGGACGACACGGUGGAGCUGAACGAGGGCAUUGGAGAGGGCGUGUCCUACAGGGGGCGGGUCUUCAUGGAGCUGGCGGUGGAGGUCCUGUCAGGAGGAACCGGCUCAGAGUUCAAACUCAGCACCCCACUGAAAACCGCUAAAGACACGAAGGCAGGAAAGACUGGAGGGAAGGACGGGAAGACUCCUGCAGGAGGAGCUGGAGGAGGAGGAGCAGGAGGAGCGGCGGAUGACGACAAAGGAAAAGCUGCAGCAGCAGAGGUCCUCCCUGUGGAGUCUCCUCCUGUGCUGAACUCUGACUGGAAGGAAAACUUCUUGUUGUUUGGUGCCGUGUUCGAAGCCACAAUGAUUGACAGGAGGAUCGGAGACAAACCCAUCAGCUUCGAGUUCUCUCUGGGUAACUAUGGUAACGUCCUGGAGACCGUGGUGGCCCAGCCCAUCAUCAGCGUCACCAGCCCUGGCCUGAGCCGGAGGAGGCGAGCACUGGACGUCCCCGAUGGUAGCGACUUACUCAGCACCUCCCCCACCUCCCCGACCUCUCCCCUCCUCCCCAGGGAACCUCAGGACACCCCCUCGACCUCCAAGUCCACCACGCCUCCGGAGAAACCGCUCAUUGUGGAAGGAAACAGGUUUUACAUGUAUUUGCCGCUGGAGAAGCAGAAGCCGUGUGUUAAUGUUCUGAGCCACUGGGAGGACCGACUGUACCGAAUGUACAACUCCAACAUGCUGGAGAACAUGGCCCUUCUCUUCGAGGAGGGCGUGGCCGACGUCGCCGCUCUCCACAGGAAGUCCGACCCAUUGGCCGAGCCCACGCUGAGGAGCGUGCUCAGAGAGUUCUGUAUGGACGCCAGGAGCUUCAUCGCGGCUGCUGAGGCCAAACUGAAGGCAGAGCUGAAGUCCACCUACAUGACUCAGCUGGACAAGAAACGUCUGAAGCUGUGUAAACAGGAGCUGGAGAGUAUGAUCUGUGAGGCCCAGGCCCUGAGGGGGAGGAAGCCUAAAGCUGGAGGAGUCAAGGAGCUGCUGCAGGACGCCACCAAGCUCACGCACAGACUGCGCUUCCUGGUGGAGGAGCCUCAGCACACGGUGCCCGACACGUUUGUCUGGUUACUGAGCAACAACAAGCGCAUCGCCUAUGCCCGGGUCAGAACCCGUGACCUGCUGUUCUCCAGGAACCAGGAGGGCCGAGGGAUCAACUGUGGCCGGAUACUGACCCUGUUCCUCAAGCCUCCAGGGAAGCGUGUCUCCGGCCUCUCGGUCCAGGCCAAGCUGGACGUCUUCCUGUGGUUCGGACCGUGUUCAGAGUCCAACCACAUGUUGGACGACCUGCCUGCAGGAUUCAGCCCGACCACCGGGGGCGCCGACGCCAGCUGCCCUCCCGCCUACCUGCACAGUACAGAGCAGCAUCACUUCCAGCUCCGCUGUCACAUGUAUCAGGCUCGAGGUCUGAUCGCUGCCGACACCUCUGGUCUGUCAGACCCCUUCGCUAGGGUCACGUUCCUGUCGCACAGCCAGACCACGGCCAUCAUCAGUCAGACUCUCAGUCCGACCUGGAAUCAGAGUCUGUUGAUGAGUCCUGUGGUUGUGGCUGGAGACCUGCAGCUCCUCCAGGAGGAGCCUCCUCGGGUCCUGGUCGAGGUCUACGACGACGACGCUCUGGGAAAGGCUGAGUACCUGGGGGCCACGGUGGCGGUGCCUGAGGUGCGCUUGAUGUCGGAGCCCUACACCCCCCCGACCCUGCAGUACAGCCCCCUGCACUGUGGCAGCCAAUCAGGAGGAGACCUGCUGGCUGCGUUCGAGCUGCUGCAGAUCCCAGAGUCUGGCCGGCCCCAGCUCCCAGACCUAGAGGAGGUGGAGGGAGGUUUGUACCAAGUUCCUGCAAACAUCCGGCCGAUCCUCAGCACCUACAGACUGGAGGUUUUAUUCUGGGGUCUCAGGGAGCUGAAGAAGGUUCAGUUCCUCUCCGUCGAUCGGCCACAGGUCUUCAUCGAGUGUGCGGGUAAAACUCUGCGUUCCUCCGUCAUUCAGAAAUAUAAAUCCAACCCAAACUUCACCACGCUGGUGGACGUCAUAGAACUGGAGCUCCCGGAGAACGAACACCUCCACCCUCCGCUCAGCAUCACCGCCGUGGACUGGAGGGCGUUCGGUCGCAGCACGCUGGUUGGAAACCACAUCAUCAACAACCUGCAGACCUUUAAAUACUCUCCUCCUCCUCCUCCUACCCCGGCCCUGCCGCCUCCCCCACAAAGUCCUGCACCGGCCGAAUCCACUCCUGAACCUGCAGCGACGCCCCACGGCCACGAGGGACCGUCCGGGGACCCUGCAGAGACCAACCAGGACGUCCUGAUCACCAUAGAGCACGAGCUGCCUCCUCCACCUCCUCCCACCCUGACGCCAAAACCCAGGAAGAAAUUGGAGAGUCGGGCGAAGAGCUCCCGCAGCCGGUCCACCAAGCGGAGGAGGAGGACCAUCGCAGACGAGUCGGCCGAGAGCGUCAUCGACUGGUGGUCCAAGUAUUACGCCUCAGUGGAGAAGGAGGCCAAACAGAAGGAGGGCGCUCCGUUCCCCCAGGUCUUUGACAAAGUGUUGCCGUACCACAGCCUGCUCAGCCAUGGAAUAGACUCUCUGGUCAGCAGCAGCCCCCCCGACGGGGACAAGAAGAAGAAACCCAAAGGAAGAGGGACCCUGGAGACCAGCGUUGCUCUGACAAAGUUAGCCACACUCAAGCUGUACAACAAGGAGCUGGAGGCUGAAUUUGGGCCAUUUGACGACUGGGUGAAAACCUACGAACUGUUCAGAGGGAAAGCCAACGAGGAGGAGGGAGCCACCGACGAGAGGUUCAUCGGUAAAUUCAAGGGGAGGUUCUGCCUCUAUAAGCUGGAUGAAGACGAAGACGAGGAGGACAGCCCCGUCAACAUGGGACACUUCCGAGUCAACAGAGGGAUCCCUCCCAACAGCCCCGUCCAGGUCCUCAUACGGGUUUACAUUGUCUCUGCGUCUAACCUGCACCCAGCAGACCCUGAUGGGAAGGCGGAUCCUUACAUUGUCCUUCGACUGGGCAAAAAUGAAAUCAAAGACAGAGACAACUACAUUCCCAAACAGCUGAACCCUGUUUUUGGGAGAUCCUUUGAGAUGCACGCCAAGUUUCCUCACGACUCUCUGCUGUCGGUGCUGAUCUACGACUUCGACCUGGUGGGAGGGGACGACCUGAUCGGAGAGACUCGCAUAGACCUGGAGAACCGGUUCUACAGCCGCCACAGAGCCACCUGUGGACUUCCCACUGAGUACAGUCUCGACGGCUACAACGCCUGGAGAGACUGUCUGAAGCCCUCAGAGCUGUUGUCCAAGAUGUGCAGAGAGAAUGGAGUGGACGGUCCUCACUUCAGACCGGGACGCAUCACGGUAGCCGACAAAGUCUUCACUGGAAAGACCCUCUUCAUGCACGAAGAUGAGCCGGUGGAGUCCUACGAACACUUGUCCCUGAAGAUCCUGCACCGCUGGGCUGAGAUCCCGGGGGUGGGCUGCAAACUGGUACCAGAACACAUAGAGACCAGGACCCUGUUCAACAAGGCCCGGCCUGGGAUGGACCAGGGUGGGGUCCAGAUGUGGGUAGACAUGUUCCCCUUGGACCUGCCACAUCCAGGACCUUCAGUGGACAUUUCUCCUCGCAAACCAAAGAGGUACGAGCUGCGAAUCAUCAUCUGGAACACAGAGGACGUCAUCCUGGAGGACAGCAACUUCCUGACCGGGCAACAGUCCAGUGAUAUCUACGUCAAGGGAUGGCUGAAAGGCUUCGAGGACGACCGCCAGGAGACCGACGUCCACCACAACUCUCUGACCGGAGAAGGGAACUUUAACUGGCGCUUCGUGUUCCCCUUCAGCUACCUUCCUGCUGAGAAGGUGGUGGUGGUGAAGAAGAGGGAGAGUAUUUUCUCUCUGGAUAAAACGGAGCAGAAGCUUCCAGCGAUCCUCAUCCUGCAGGUCUGGGACUUUGAGACGUUGUCCUCUGACGACUUCCUGGGUACGCUCGAGCUGGACCUCCACGGAUUUCCUCGAGGAGCAAAGACCGCAAAGGUUUGUAAGGGGGACAUGUUGACGAACGGGAUGGACAGGAUCUCCAUCUUCCAGCAGAAGAGAGCGCGGGGCUGGUGGCCGUUCAUUAAGUCUGGAGAGCUGACGGGGAAAGUGGAGGCAGAGUUCCACCUGGUGACGGCUGAGGAGGCCGAGAAAAACCCUGUAGGCCGAGCUCGCAAGGAGCCGGAGCCGCUGCCCAAACCAAAUCGUCCCGACACCUCCUUCUCCUGGUUCGUUAACCCCUUCAAGUGUUUCUUCCACCUGGUUUGGAGAAACUACAAGAAGUACAUCAUCGCCGCCGUCCUCCUCCUCAUCACCAUGCUCUUCCUCGCCCUCCUCUUCUACACUCUGCCAGGAGCCAUCUCUCAGAAGAUAGUCGGUGGAUAGACCCAGGCGUUCAAAUCAACCUUUAUUAUAACAGCUGAUUAUUAUUUACAGUGUAAUAAAUACAGAGGAGCACGUUGAAUGAAUCUGAUUAAACUUGGUCACGAUGA